AAAAAUCAUCAAUAGGUUCUAGUUCUACAACUUCUCGAAAUGACAUGAUGGGCUUUUUGAGCAAAUUUGGAGAUUUGGCAAAAACACUUGCCUCGAAUGUUAAAAGAUGUAUGGCAUGUUAGAACAAGCAAAAGAUCUUUUUGUUGAGGAAGAAACAACAGGAAAAAUGCAACAUCUCAUAGACAACAUAUGGUGCAAGUACACAACAAAGACAUUCGUGAACCAAGAAGAAAAGAAAAGCCCUUCUAUACUCAGCCAAGAUCAACAUGUCUUCGAUGAACCGGCAUUUAUUGAAGAAUUGGAUAUGGUUAUGGAUAAGGCAUGGAAGAAAUUCGAGGAAACAAGGUCACCAAAGUCACCGACAGUUGCAGAUUUGAGAUCAAAGGAAGAGGAAAAAGAUAAGAACAAAGAAGAGAAAAUGAAGAGAAUAAAGACAAAAACUUGUUGAUUCCCUCACCAGUAGUUGGUAAUUUCACAUUAUUUUCAAAUUCAUUUUUUAUGUACUAAUAUUUACUAGAUAUGUUCUAAUAUUACUUCUUAUGCUCUAAAUUUUUUCUGGUUAUGCUUUAAAGUUAAUUCUUAAUUUUUUAUAUUCUAACUAUUUCUAGGUUGUCUCCUAAUUGUAUAUAUUUCUUAUGUUCUAAA